GGAGGGAUGGCUGAAUAACGAGGAGAGAAACACCCACUCCGGACUGACCGAAUUGAAUCCGGAGAGACGGAGUGAGAGAAAGAAAAGAGGAGAAGAGAAAGAGUAAGCAGAAAGAGGAACACAUUGGGAGGCAGCAGUCUUUGGUAUUCAGAGGAAUUGUGUUCCUUUGAGGAUAAAAGGACGCUUUGAAUUGAUGACUGGAAAGGUCUAGACUGCUGGUUGUGAGGAUGUUGUCAACGGGACAGAUUAAGUGGUGUUUGUGGGCUCCACUGGUGUUACUGGCCCUAGUUUCCCAUUUCCCCACUAAGGCACAGAGUCAAGUUCCAGCUCCGAGGAGGCUGCGUUUUAAAGUGCUGAGCCCAAGCAAACUUCUUGUUUCAUGGAAGGAACCCAAAGGAGACUUUGACAGCUAUCUAUUCCUCUACAACAGUAUACCAGGUGGUCAGCGGAGGGAAAUCAUAGUAUCGAGAUCUGACACUAAAGUGUUGAUAACAGACUACAACCCCUCUAAGGACUACACUGUCAGUGUGAUCGCUGUCAGUGGCACUGAGCAGAGCAGACCACUUCAGGGCAGACAUAAAGCUGAAAAAGGUGAGAGUGACGGAGGAGACAAGACUGAGCCCCAGACGCUGACUGAGUCAGUUGUACCUCCUGAGGAUGCAAAUGAGAUCUCUGGAGUAGAUCAGUUUGUGUGCCACACUGAGGCCAUUGCAGACAUCGUGAUCCUGGUGGACGGCUCCUGGAGUAUUGGUCGGCUUAACUUCCGGCUGGUCCGCAUGUUCUUGGAAAACCUGGUCAAUGCCUUUGAUGUUGGCAUCGAUAAGACAAGGAUAGGUCUGGCUCAGUACAGUGGUGAUCCCAGGAUAGAGUGGCAUCUAAAUGCUUUCUACACCAAAGAUGCCGUCAUUGAUGCCGUCAAGAAUCUGCCAUACAAAGGAGGAAAUACUCUCACAGGCCUUGCGUUGACUUUUAUCCUGGAGAACUGUUUCAAGCCUGAAUCUGGCUCACGGGUCGGUGUACCCAAGAUUGGGAUCCUCAUCACAGACGGGAAGUCGCAGGAUGAUGUCAUACCACCUGCAGAGAGCCUGCGAAAUGCUGGCGUUGAGCUGUUUGCUAUUGGUGUGAAGAAUGCCGAUGAGAACGAGUUGCAUUCCAUCGCCUCAGAGCCGAGCGACACUCAUGUGUACAAUGUGGCCGACUUCAACAUCAUGAGCUCCAUAGUGGAGGGACUGACUAGAACAGUGUGUGAACAAGUGGUGCAGCAAGACAAGGACAUCAAGCAGAAACAGACACCAGAGACGACGGGGGCACCACUUGACCUGGUGACAUCAGAAGUAACGGCCCGAAGCUUUCGGAUUUCAUGGAGCCAUGCCCCUGGAUACGUACAGAAAUAUAGAGUGGUUUAUUACCCUGCUCAGGGAGGAGAACCACAGGAGGCGGUAGUGGACGGUAGUGAAACUUCAGUAGUGUUACAGCAUCUCAGCUCUCUCACGGAGUACCAGCUGGCUGUGUUUGCUGUGUACGUUCAAGAGGCAAGUGAGGCUCUGAGAGGAUCAGAAACAACCCUGGCCCUUCCCACAGUGACGGGCCUCCAGCUGUUUGAUGUGACUCAGAGCACCAUGAAAGCAAGAUGGGACAGUGUGGAUGGAGUCUCUGGCUACAUGCUGCUGUAUGCACCACUUUCAGUUGGUGGAGACUUGGAUGAGAAGGAGGUCAAGUUAUCGGAUGCAGUGACUGAGCUGGAGCUGGAUGGUCUCAUCCCUUACACUGAAUACACCGUCACUGUUUAUGCCAUGUAUGGAGAGGAAGCCGGAGACCCUAUUACAAACCAGGAAACUACAUUACCACUGAGUGCUCCCAGCAAUCUCCAGUUCUCUGACAUCACUCACAACUCCGCCCACAUCAGCUGGGACCCUGCGCCCAGAGGGGUUAAAGGUUACCGUAUCAUGUGGGUCAAGACAGACGGACUAGUCACUCAGGAGGUGGAGGUGGGAGAUGUGAACUCUUAUGACCUCAGUGAUUUGACGUCUCUGAUGGAGUACUCAGUGGCCAUCUAUGCUGUGUACGACGUGGGCCAAUCAGAGCCGCUCACAGACGGAUUCACUACCACUCCAGUUCCUGGUCCUUUGAAUCUGCGCUCCAAUGAUGUCAGCACUGACAGCUUCCAGGUCAGCUGGGAUCACUCAGCCAAUGACAUCGUCCUCUACAGACUCACCUGGGCACCAUUAACAGGUGGCGACACAAAGGAGGUGGUCUUGAGUGGAACUGAUAACAGAUACAGCUUAAACGGUCUGAGUCCAUCUACAGAGUACGAAGUUAUGCUGACGGCCGUAUUCAAGGACGAAUCCGAGAGUGACACUGUCUCUGUUAUUGAUACCACAUUGGCUGUGGCAACAACGAUUGCUACCACAACCACAGUGGCACGUCAAGCUGUGAGAAACCUUCAGCUGAGUGACGAGACCACCCAGAGCUUAGAGGCAUCAUGGGAGCUGGAAGACCCCCACGUGGAGAGCUACAGGGUCACCUACGCCGGCCUUGCGGGCGACCACAAAGAGGAGUCUUGCCCCUCUUGUCUCCUGGAAGCCUGCGUGUGUCAGAGGAGUGGUACAACCGUUUCAGGGUCACCUGGGAUCCACCCCAGUCUCCUGCAGAGGGUUACAGGAUCGUCUACCAGCCAAUCUAUGUUCCAGGACCAGUUUUGGAGUCAACAGUGGGUGAAGACGUGAACUCCAUGCUCCUCCUGAAUCUGCUAAGUGGGACGGAGUACAGUGUUCAAGUGACUGCUUCCUACCCAACAGGACAAAGUGAACCACUGCUGGUGAAUGCCAAGACAUUGUUCCUUGGUGUCUCUGGAUUGUCAACCUACCAGGUGCGCCCCAACAGCAUGUGUGUCCAAUGGCAGCCUCUUCUACAUGCCACAUUAUACAGAGUCUCCAUACAGUCUCCACUCAAUGGUCAGAAGCAGGAAGUGAGCCUGGGAGGUGGAGCUUCUCGACAGUGCUUCUAUGACCUUACUCCGGGCAGCCAAUACCAGAUCAGCAUUCACACCCAGAUGCAGGAAAUGGAGGGACCUCCUGUCUCCUUCACUGACAUGACGCUGCCAGCACCCACUCAAGCGCCGACUGAACCCCCCACCACAGAGCCCCCUCCCACCAUCCCGCCUGCUAAAGAAGUGUGUAAGGAAGCCAAGGCUGACCUGGCAUUCCUGGUAGACGGUUCCUGGUCCAUCGGAGACGAUAACUUCAUGAAGAUAACACGUUUCCUCUACAGCACCAUGGGAUCGCUGGAUCUAAUUGGACCAGACGGCACCCAGGUGGCCAUUGCUCAGUUCAGUGACGAUGCUCGGACAGAAUUCCAGCUGAGUUCCCAUGGAAACAAGGAAGCGCUGCUGGAAGCUAUUCAGAUGAUCAGAUACAAAGGAGGAAACACCAAGACAGGUCGGGCCAUCAAACAUGUGAAGGAGUCUAUUUUUACCGCAGAGGCCGGAGCUAGAAGGGGUGUUCCUAAGGUCCUGGUUGUUCUCACUGAUGGACGUUCGCAAGAUGAUGUCAACAAAGUUUCCAAGGAAAUGCAGAUGGAUGGCUAUAUCAUCUUUGCCAUUGGCUUUGCUGACGCAGACUACGGGGAGCUGGUGAAUAUUGCCAGUAAGCCCAGCGACAGACACGUCUUCUUUGUGGAUGAUUUGGAUGCUGUGAAGAAAAUAGAAGAACAGCUCAUUACUUUUGUGUGUGAGGCUGCCACUGCCACUUGUCCAUCUGUUUUGAUGAGUGGUAACACAAUGGCAGGUUUCCGUAUGAUGGAGAAGUUUGGCCUUAUAGAGAAGGAGUACAGCACCAUACCUGGAGUUUCUCUGGAGCCGGGUUCAUUCAACAGCUUCCCCUGUUACAGAUUACACCGUGACGCCCUGGUGUCACAGCCCACCAAGUACCUUCACCCUGAAGGUUUACCCUCUGACUACACAAUUUCUAUGAUGAUCCGCCUACUUCCUGAGACCCCGCAGGAGCCCUUUGCAUUGUGGGAAAUCCUCAAUAAGGACAAUGAGCCAUUGGUGGGACUGAUCCUGGACAACUCUGGAAAGACCUUGACGUUCUUCAACAAUGACUACAGAGGAGACUUCCAGACCGUCACCUUUGAAGGAAAUGAAAUCAAAAAAAUCUUCCAUGGCAGCUUUCACAAGCUCCAUGUAACCAUCAGCAAGACGUCAGUGAAGGUGGUGUUAGAUUGUUCUGUGGUUGGGGAGAAGUCCAUCAAUGCUGCUGGGAACAUUACCACCGAUGGAGUGGAGAUCCUCGGGAGGAUGGUUCGGUCCAGAGGCAGACGGGACAGCUCUGCUCCAUUCCAGCUCCAGAUGUUUGACAUCAUCUGCAGCACAUCCUGGGCCAGCAGAGAUAAGUGUUGCGAGCUGCCAGCAUUGAGAGUCGAGGAGCAGUGUCCUUCUAUGCCUCAUGCCUGUACCUGCUCCCAGGACAGCAAAGGACCUCCAGGACCUUCCGGACCCCCUGGCGGCCCAGGCAUAAGGGGGGCCAGAGGAGACAGAGGAGAGCCAGGAGUGACGGGGCCUCAGGGGCCAGUGGGAGAGAUUGGCCCUCCAGGACCCUCAGGACCACCUGGUCCUCAGGGGCCCAGUGGUCUCUCUAUUCAGGGUCCUCCGGGUGCUCUUGGAGAGAAGGGAGAGAGAGGAGGGGCCGGUCCAGCUGGACAAAUGGGUGUUCCGGGAAGCCCAGGCUCCCCUGGUAGAGACGGCCCCCCAGGAGCAAGGGGUCUGCCGGGUAAUAUUGGACCACAGGGACGACAAGGACCUCCUGGACCCAUUGGAUCCCCGGGAGCACCAGGAGCUACAGGACCUGGUGGGUCAGCAGGGUCCCAAGGAGAUCAAGGACAUCCUGGUCCUGCUGGUACCAAAGGCGAUAAGGGAGAAAGAGGUGAUGUGCAAUCCCAAGCUGCUGUGCGUGCCAUCGCACGGCAAGUGUGUGAGCAGCUCAUCCAGAGCCACCUGUCUCGCUAUAACUCCAUACUGAACCAGAUCCCCGUCCAGUCAGCAGUGUCAGUCCGAACAGUACCCGGACCCCCCGGAGAGCCAGGUAGAAGAGGCCUCCCAGGAUCUCAGGGAGAGCAAGGGCCACCUGGCAGGCCGGGCUUCCCUGGUACCAAUGGCCAGAGUGGAAGACCAGGAGAGAGAGGUCUGCCGGGAGAGAAGGGAGAGAGGGGGAAUCCAGGGGUUGGGAGUCAGGGACCUCGAGGACCACCCGGACCUCCAGGUCUACCCGGUGAAGGAAGGACAGGCAGUCAGGGCCCCCCUGGUCGGCCUGGUAACCAGGGAACACCAGGGAGGUCGGGGAAUCCAGGAACCACGGGACCGCCUGGCCCACCGGGAUACUGUGACCAGAACUCCUGUAUGGGGUACAACGUUGGAGUUCAACAGGACUAUGGGAAUGAUUACUGAGGAACAUUCUCCAACCGUCCUCCUCUCCUCCUCCCCCUCGUCCUCCUCCUUCUGUGUCCUGUACAAGACUAGAAACUGUGGAAAUUGAUAUAUUAUUCCUUCAAGGCCGCCAUUUUUCUUGAGAUGGAUAAUUACUCCUGAUCCCGAUGUUUAACCUCUAAUCCCUGCAGCAGCGGUUUUUACAUUUUGUUUCUCCAGAGACCUUCUUCCAAAUUACUCCUGCAAUCAACACAUGCAGGAUCUUUUCCAAAAUUAUCUGGAUUAUUUAAUGAGAACUAAUCUAACAGCCUGAAAGUCUCUGUUUACCCAUUUUAGGUUAAAAAGCAAGGUGACUCCACAAUAAAACAAGUGGUUUAAGGCAACUUUGUGCCCUUCAUUUUGGUCUGGUGUAAGUUUUUAGAAA